GCUCGACUGUGGGUUUUUGGGAGCCGUGGUGAUGGAGGAGGGGGAGGGGCGGGACGCACAUGAUGCAGAGAUGCUGAGGAAAUAAACCGGGACAGAGUCAGACAAUUGUGACGAAGCAUCAGAAGCUGAUCUUCCAAGCAUGGGUUGCUGGCUCUCCGGACCGUGGAUGGGCGACCCUGCGCUGGGUGGUGGGCGCAGCCUGGCGCACCUGAGUCAACGGGACGCGCUACGCAUCCUGGCUGCAAGUCAGCUCCCUGUUACCAUGCAGGUCAAGACUCAAAGGGGCCGUAGCAGCAUUGAGGCGGACCACCGAGGCGCCUGGGAGCCUCUGCCCCUCAACCUACAGCACCUCAACCUGCCACUGACAAGGAUGCCGGCAGGGCUCAAUGCUCCCAGCCCCACUUAUCAGGACAGACAUUAUUUCGGCCACUUGUCUCUGCCGCAAGAUCACUGCGAUGGAGGACACUACGGCUACCUGCCUAACUCCCCAAGGGACACCGUGGAAAUGAGCCACCAGGAUCCGGAAAUGGGCGGCCGGCGAGCCAAGGAGCAGAACUGCCUGAUGGGAUGCUGUAACGUCAAUCUAGAUGAGCCCAAAGGCUUUCACAGCCAGACGGACGAUGAUGACUUCCUGUUGGAGAAGCCAUUGGGCUUCCUGCCCCUCCACCAUGAGCUGGACAGCGGCCUGGGCUGGACCGACGGUUCCCUCCACCAAGGGGACCUCUCCGGCUUAGAGACCGAGGAGGCCGGGCUGGAGGAUUGCCACUCCCACGGCGCCUUGGGCCCUGGUGGCUGCGGGUCCUUCGGACCGGGUGGCGGCGGCUCGCCUUCCUCUGAGUCCUUCAUCUCGUCAGAGCUUAGCGACUCGGGCUUCUAUAGCGUCAGCACCGGCGAGUUCCGCCACUUCCAGAGGAUGCUGGAGAAACGCAUGCGGCUUUACAAUGCCCGACUGCAGCACCAGGGGGAGACGUGCGAGAGGCGGGAGCGCCGCGACAGCUGCCCUAUGAGCCACCGCGAGUUACUGGAGGCCAUCCCUGAGACGCUGACCAUGCAUCCACCAUGUCAGCGCAUGCAAAUGGGGAUGGAGGAGGCCACCGGGGCGGUCUUGGACGUGCCGAACCGUGGACUUUUCAGGGUGUCAUCAGUCCAAUUCCACAAAGCAGACCGGCCCUGUCUAAACCGCCACAGCUCCAGCAGCGGCGCACUUUUCAACCCAUCCCACGCCCACACAUCCGUGCCCCGCAUGAGCGGCCCAGUCCUCUCCACUUGCAGCACGCCCUCCAGCCACAGGAGACCAUUAGCUCCCAUACAGCAACCGCACCAUCAGGGUUCCAGCUCAAUGGGAAUGCUGAGGAGAAGCCGUACCCUGCACCACCGCCCCCCGCAGCAAGAGUACCGUCGGAGGGCCAGCCACCCGGCCUCACCCUCCUAUUGCGCGGCCACCCUGCAUUACUGCGGAGGGGUCCCGCCUCAUGGUGUCCUACCACCAGGGCUGCCAGAAGAGGGCGAAAUGGGGGCGGAUGUGAUGGCCUCCCCGCUCUCAGCACAGCCACACCCAGUCCACAUUCGGGUGCCCAGUGCUCACGAGCUGCAGUACAACAACAACCCCAACACCCACCAAGACUGGUGGCAGCAAAUGAGCUUGAUGCCCGACCCUCUUGAAGCAGAGCAGAGUGAGCAAAUGGAGAGGGAGCAAAUGGAGAAGAGUCUGGAAAGGGAAGUGCAGAUUCAGGAGGAGGUUGACCGAGAAAUGCAAAGGAGCCGGGCGGCAAGGGAGCAGCACCUGCAGGGGCCCGCCCAUCUCAGCCAGCCGGGGGACGUCAACGACACCUGGCCCAAGCCGGCGAGCCGCCAAUCCCAGGGUAAUGGAGGAGGAGCCCGAGGCCUUUACAGUACCUUGGAGGUCCACAUGGGAGCCACGCCAACACCCGCUCCAGAUGCAAAGAACGACCUAUCAGAUCCACAGCCACAACCCAAAGUGAAUCCUUGCCCUAAACCCAGCACAACAACUCGGGUGUCCAGGAACCAGCUCCUGAGGGACCGGGCGUCACAAUUGGCCGACGAGCGCAGCGGGAUGAGCACGGACGAGGAGACCAGCGCGGACAUGCUGCUGGGUCGCUACUGGAGCCGGACGGAGAGGAGGGAACACUUUCUCCUGGCCCGAGAACAGAAGCAACAGCAGGCAAGGGGUGGGGGCGCGUCUGGCCCGCCACGCUCCCCUGCGACAGAGACCCGGGCCGGUGGCGCUUUGACGGACGCCCGGUGCAACACCGUGCUAGAGAUGAGUCAGAGGAAGCUGAGUCGGCUGAGGAACCGGAAGAUGUUGGACGACUGGACCACGGUGGAGGAGCUGCUGACUCACGGCACCAGGCACGACCACCCCAUGCUGUGUCCCAGCCCCCUGCUCACGGUCACUACCGUUUAAACCAGGGGUUCUCAAACUUUUGGGGUCCAGGAACCCCAUACUGAGGAGAAUUCUAUUCAUCCCAUAAGCCUUACACCAAGUCAAGAUAACUACCAUGCCAUAUUUAUGAGUAAUUGUUUUUUUAAAUUGCCGUUUUCCAAAGUGAUACCCCACAAUCAUUUCUUGCAAAUUAUUUUGCUGGCUCCAGUCUCCAUCUUGGGGUUCCAGAAUCCCAGUUUGAGAACCACCCCAUACUUUUCAGUGCACUAGAACACAGUGGGUGUCUUUUCACGGUGCACAUAUGGAACUUGGUACAGAACUUUAAGCAGCACUGUUGUUGACCAAAAUCACUGAAGCAUGCGGCACAAAGCAACCGGCGGUACAAACCUUUUGUCUGCUUUUUCAAGCUAACGGUUAUUGCAUUACCGAUCCUUGUGGUAGGGCCACUAAUUUACUAAAUCGCUUUACUUGUGAUGUCACUUUUUAUCAGGAAAGAACAUCAACACAAUCCAGGUGUCCCUUCUUCAUCCUCUAACUAGCAGUCAGGGUGUUCCUCACCUCACUAUUCUCCACAAAUACAUAAAACUAAAGCCUUUUUUUACACUGCUGAUGCAGUUUCAGAUUUUGCAGCUACUAUAGUUACUGAUUGUGAGAUGCAUAAAAGGCUGAGGCGAAUCUUUGUCAGAUGUUAUGCGGGCAAGGUUAGGCGUUCCCAUAGCAAAUUCUACAACUGAAAUCAUGUUCUGGUGCUGCAAUUUUACAGGACCUUUGUACGUUAAGCUCUUCAACAUCAAGGCAUAGACUUCACUAUUAGUUGACGAGACAGCUCCUAUAGACAUUGCGCCACGGCUUCCAGUAAGGGGCCGGGUCAGGCAGAGCGUUGUAGAAGAUUUCACUGUGAUAAACUCAAACACACGCUGCGUUCUAACGCCGGAUUUAGGUGGAAACAGGACUAAUGUUUUAGUGCAUACAAGCAGGCAGGAGUUUCUCGAGAGUAAUUUGGUCUAGGAUUCAAGGUAAUUAUAUGAAAUAGCACCGUGCGUGCAUUUUCUAAUGUGUAAAAAAUGAAAUGAAUGGAAAAAAUUAGAGUAACUUUAGCUUGAAAUAUUUAGGAAAUUUUGAAAUAUAAGUAAAAUGAAUGAUAACUGCCCGUUUUUUUUUUUUUUUUGCUUUUAACUAGGGUUGUUCCGAUCAUGUUUUUUUGCUCCCGAUCCGAUCCCUAUCGUUUUAGUUUGAGUAUCUGCCGAUCCCGAUAUUUCCUGAUCCGAUUGCUUUUUUUUUUGCUCCCGAUUCAAUUCCAAUCAUUCCCGAUAAUUUUUCCCGAUCAUACAGUAUACAUUUUGGCAAUGCAUUAAGAAAAAAAUGAAUAAAACUCGGACCAAUAUAUACAUUCAACAUACUGUAGAUAAGUACUGUAUUUGUUUAUUAUGACAAUAAAUCCUCAAGAUGGCAUUUACAUUGUUAACAUUCUUUCUGUGAGAGGGAUCCACGGAUAGAAAGACUUGUGACUUUGUAUAAUGUGACUAAAUAUUGCCAUCUAGUGUAUUUGUUGAGCUUUCAGUAAAUGAUAUUGUAGUCAUGCCCAAAUGCAUGAUUGAAAGCGGAACCAUUACUGUGCGUAGUGCUACCAAUUGAUAUAUCUUCUCUGCGUUGGCAAAUAACAUAAGGUGUUAAGAUAAAGAUCAAUUGCUACCUUGCUUCCCCAGAUUGCUUCCCCACAUUGCUUCCCAUGAUAUUUCUAAUCGUAGGGAGAGGAAUUGUAAGGUUUUAGCCAAUUAAAAAAAGGCUCCAAAGGCUGCCAAAAUUCACUCUACUCAUUUUACGCUGCCUGUUAUCUCUCUACAUAGGUAAAACAGCAUUACAGAUUAAGCGCGACAAUGCAUGAGUGGGUCGUGUAGCGCAUGCAUUAAUUGCGUUAAAUAUUUUAACGUGAUACAUUUUUCAAAAAAUUAAUUACCGCCGUUAGUAGGAUAAAUUUGAUAACCCUACCUUAAGCCUAAACUAAAGACUCUGGAAGAGUGAAACACAUUAUGUCUGUAACAUUAAAUACAAUUAGAAAACGAUUGAAUUAAAAAAAAAAAAAACUUAAAAAAAGGCAUGGCCGAUACUUUUUUGCCGAUUUCGAUACUUUGAAAAUGACGUGAUCGGGACAUCUCUACUUUUAACCAAUAAUCUAGACUGUUUUCUGUUCAUAUCUAUAGAAAUUCCGGGUUUUUACGCAUUUAUUUACAAGAAUUUUCAACUUUAAAAAGCUCAUUGUUUGAGAAGGGUCUGACUGCAGCCGGAGCCACGCUACAAACCACUCCUCAUCCAAAUUACGACCCUCCAAACCACGCCUGCUGUUGGUACGUCGGCGCGAAGGUUUAGUUUAUUGUACUAUGUGAAUUUUAAAGGGAUUUUAGGACAAUAGGCCCUAGCCCAACUCUUUACCCUAAACUUAACUAGACAGAGAGGUAUUGCGGAUAUCGCGAUAACCAUUUUGUAACUUUUGCUAUGUUUGGAAGUCAUUUAAUGUAGUGAAUCAACCGUUAGAGUUGUUAAAAUUGCUCCCGUUUGGCAUUAUUUCCCUCCUGUCUACUUUCGACAUGUUUUCACAUGUUUUAAAACUGUUUCAUCAUUAAUGAUAGAUUCAAGUCGAGAUUUUGCCAAUUUAGGAAUAUUUUGUUACUUAGGUUCAGUGUUGUUAAAAACGACGUUAGAAUAUGAUGGCGUUACUAACGGCGUUAUUUUCUUCAGUAGUGAGUAAUCUAAUUAAUUACUUUUCUCAUCUUGGCAACGCCGUUAUCGUUACUGAGACGGGAAAGGCGUGCGUUACUAUGCGUUACUAUGUUGGUUGACUGACGCGAGAGCGGCUGUCGGCUGCAGUCAGGUAUUAUUGCUUUGUUUUGUGAUGGCCGCCAUGUUGGAUUUUGUAUCCAUACAAAAUAGCGUGACUUUACAUUGAAAUAAUCUGUUAUUUUUUCGGCCAACUGCACAUUUUUCGGCAAAAAAAACCUUGUAAUUUAGACAUUUCUGCGUCCAUACAAAAAACAUUCGGCUUUUAUGUGUUUUAUUUGAUGUAACAUUUCAAUCUAAAACCGACGAGGGCCAGAAAGCCGGCAAGACGUGCUGGAAUUCAACCAAGUUUUGAUUGUAUAGAAAAAUGCAAAAUUAGCUUUUGUUGAGUAAAAUUAAGAUGAUUAUGCAUGCUUUCUUUAAGUAUUAAAUUUCUGAUGUGAAAAUUGAGCUGAUUUAUUAGUUGUUGAAAAAUUCUAAGUCGCUAUUUCGGGCAAAAACGUAUAUGAUAUGUUAAAUAUUGCUAGUGAUCCUGAAACUAUAAGUGAUUUUCUCUGCCUCCGGUGAUUUUUGUGCAUCUAGUGUAAAAUCUGAGAAUUUUAAAGCCAUUUUAAAAUUUUGUAAUAUGAAAAAUAAUGAAUCGGGAUUUUAUUAGGGAACAACUGAAGUUUUUCAUACUGCUGUUAAUGGAGACUCAUACGCUUAAGGGAGGUGCCCGUUUUGGUUUUAGGUCGCUUGCGGCUUUGGUUUUGAAAAUAUUUAAAUUUGAAGUUUUUUUAAAUAGGCCCUCUACGGACCGUUUCCCGUCAACUGAUAGUGAAGUCUAUGGUCAAGGCUUAGGACAACUUAGAAUAUCCUUGGGAUGUUUCCUAAAACAGGAUCUGUUAUAAAUAGACUUAACUCCGAAAGACGUUUGCGCAAGCUAGCCAACGUCUACGCUGAAGGUUGCAAACUUCAGAUUGCCAAAAAUUUGAUGCCGAACGACCUGAAGUUGGUGAGACUUUCGAAUCUUUUGCAGCACGGUAGUAGUUGAAAAUCACUGAAAGACGCAAUUCAGAGCCUCUUUGCAUGACUGGAAAAUUGCGCACAACUAAAGGCAUAAUGUUAGAUUUUAUUCUCUUGUCCCUUACACACGACGCAUCAGCCUUUGAUUUUUAGAUUAUAUUCAUUCAAAAUUAUCCAGUUGACUCCAUAAUUCUGCUGCUCGCCUCCUAACUGGAACACAUAAUAGGGAGCACAUACUUUUAACUCUGAUACGAGCCAAAACGUGGCUGACCAAACUCAGUGACAUAAAUUCACAAAUAUAACCCCUGGCAAAAAGUAUGGAAUCACCAGUCUCGGACGAGCACUCACUCAAACAUUUUAUCAUGUAGAGCAAACUAGCUUGAAAAAAAUAAUUUCAAAAGUGCAACUCUUUAGCAUUCAGAAACACACACCUUGUCAAGAGUCAAGAAUCUGUACUGUACAAGGUGUCAAGAGUCAAGAAUCUGCAUUGGACAAGGUGACGAUUCUGGAACUUUUGCUUGGUGCUGUUCCAGUGAGAUUUACAACGAUGACUGACUGAAGGAAACAUCAAAAUUCCCUCAGUCCUUGAUGAUAUGAGGCUGCAUGUCAGGCAAAGGCACCUGGGAGAUGGCUGUGGUUAAAUCUUCAAAAAAUUUACACGUUUACAUUGAAAUUUUAGACAGCUUUCUUAUCCCUUCAAUUGAAAAUAUGUUUGUCGUUUUCCAAGAUGACAAUGCAACAUGCUACAGAGCUAAAACUGUUAAACUUUUCUUGCAAAGAACCCAGAUCUCAACCCUAUUGAAAACCUGUGGUGGAAAUUGAAAAAAAUGGUCCACAGCAAGGCUCCGACCUGCAAGGAUGAUCUGGCAACUGCAAUCAAAGAGAGUUGGUGCCAAAUUGAUGAAGAAUACUCAUCAAGUCCAUGCCUCAGAGACUGCAAGACAUAAAAGCCAGAGGUGGUGCUACUAAAUUGAGAUGUGUUUUGAUUGUUAUUUCUUUGUUCAUUUCUAAUUAUUCCAUAUUUUUUUCCUCAGAAUGGAGUGAUUCCAUAUAAACUCACUGGCUACUUUAUUAGGUACACCAUGCUAGUAACGGGUUG